AGGUCAGCGAGGGUGAUAAGGGAUAUUGUCAACCUGAGAAAAGUAAUUAAACCCGAGACCGGAAGGCGGACAAUAUCCCAUUUCAGCCAAGCAGAAUCUUUGUUCAAGCACCGGUAACUUAAGUUAAAUAUCUACCAGAGACAGGGAAAUAAGGAAAUUGAGAAGAUGGAGGAAUCAUCGAGUCCAAACAAUUUGACAGAACAUAAAGCAAAUGAUAACACAUUGUACUGGCAGACUGAACAGAAGCUCGGGACAUGUAUGCUUCAUUUAUAUAUCAACAAUAUGUGGACAGAUGUAACGUUCAGAUGUCAAGACCAUCAGGAAGAUGACAAAGCGGACAGAAUUCGUGCGCACAAAAUAGUGCUUGCAGCAAGAAGUCCGUUUUUUCAGGGAAUGUUUUUUAGUCAGUGUUCAGAGAGCAAAGCAGAGUUUGAUCUACUUACCACUCAGUCAGAGAUACUUGAUUUGGUGUUGCGGUAUAUUUACAGUGAUGAGACUACUCUGGAGGAAACUACCGCACCAAAAGUCAUGGAGCUGGCACAUUUGUGCCAAAUUUCAUGUUUAGUAGAAUACUGUGCAAGAUUUUUGAUUACUUGUUUACGACCCGAAAAUGCUUGCGAAAUAUUGGACUUAGCAUUGCUGUAUAACGUAAACGAGCUAAGAGACGCUGCUUGUGUUUGUAUUGAUGACAACGCUAAACAAGUUCUAGAUUCAGAAGGUUUCCUUCAAAUUUCGAAUACCUGCUUGACCUACAUUCUGAAAGGUGAUACUUUCUUUGAGGAUGAGACAUAUAUAUUCAACAAAGCUAUUGAAUGGGCUGAGCGUCAGUGUACACACAAGGAUCUGACAAUUAAUGGGAAAACCAUACGUAGCACUCUUGGUGAAGCAUUUUACUACUUGCGACUUCCGGCUCUCAAGAAUCUGGAGUUUCUGAAAUGUGUGAAGGGCAAAGGUUUUUAUACAGUGCAAGAAAUUGAAAAUAUCAUUGAAAGUAUAAAUAGUAAAGAAAGCGACGUAGUUCCAUGUCAUCGUGCUGUAAAACGAGAGAAACGAAGGUUACCUGUGAAUGUUUCACCAGUUUCAGAUUCAAUUCGUGAAGGAAACAGUCGUAAAGAUAUACGAUUCAAAACAUUAUUUACAGAGGAAAUCGAAUGUACGAUUAUAGCCAAAGUUUCGAGAGACUGCGCAAUUCGUGGCUUUUCCUUGCAAAACGUUGAACCAGUAUUGGAAAGUUAUUACGAGUUUAAAAAAGACAUAACAGCUGAAAUUCCUCUGAUGUGUACAUUUUUUGUAGAAGAUAUCAAGUUUGGGAAAACAUUUCAUGUGAAUCAACAUAAAAGAAAAUCAGUUGAUCUAUCGCAGUCACUCCUGUUGAAAAAGAGAGAAACCCCUUACACACUGAGAUUUAAAAUGAAAUAUUCUUCUGAGCGUUCUAGCAUUCGUUUAGAAGCUAUCUGUGAUCCAAGUUUUAAUAACACGGGUCAAGGAGCAGUUUACACAGGUGCCUUUUCAAACAAGCUUGCAAGUCAUACAUGCAUUAACUUUCACUACAGUUCAAAUCAUAUUAAUUGCAUUAAAAGUGUUUGGAUAGAUAAUUUUCCCAAUAGGAAGACUGAGGACGUAUUUGUUGAUUCUAGUUAAUACUGGAGGAGGCGAUACUGUAGAAAAAUAUGACAUGGUAGUAGUGUUAUUUUUUGAUAUGAUCACCUAAAAGGAGUAGAACCUAACGUGUGUAAUAGGUGCUAAUAUAAUCUUAGAAAAAUACAAUUAACAACAAUCUAUUUGAUGUUUCAUUCGAUGAAACCGAUUUUAUAUGCAUUACAACCUUCGUUAAUUAUAACAUUCUUAUUUGUCUUCGUCUGUCGGGUGUAGUAUCCAGUCAGUUUUAGUGCACAGCUUGUACGUCUAUAUAUUUUCGUUUUAUUGUUACUGAGCUUUGACACAAUGUCAUCUUUGAUACAAAACUCAUUUAUACAGUGUUAAGGUAGUUCAGCAUAUUCGGACCAUUUUUUUCUAAAAUGUAGAAUUUGAUAAAACUUUCAGAAUAUUCUUAGAAAAUCCAGCAAAUAAAAAAGAAAGGAUCGUGUGCUCGAUUUUUUUUGCUAGACUGAUUUGAAAGUUUUGACCUUACACACAUUUUUAUGAGUUUAUGAGAAAAUCACAAUUUUGAAAACAUUUUUGCGAAUAGAAUUUUUUGCAAUGUAGAUUUUAAUAUUUUAAUGAAACUGAUCACAGUCGUAAAUACAUGGUGAAAUAACAUGUAAAGGUAAGUGUGCUAGUUUCUGAGAUAACUGUCCAUGACUAAAUAUAUCCGCGCAUUCAAGCUGAUUUUAAGACUUUUUUUGAAUUAUUGAACACGUCAUAUUAUAACUUUAGAAAGAUAGUACCUUUGCCGUUUAAAUAAUUUACUCACCGGUUGCCAAUAAUUCAUUCCGUACGCCAAAUCCAGGCUUUAUUUAACAAAUAAUUAAGGCCUUCGAGUGGUUUAUCGUCUGAUUUACCACGGUUCAGAGUUCAGAUGCGUAGGAAUUGAACCACGAGGGCGUUAGCCCGAGUGGUUAAAUACUGAAGCAUCUGAACGAUGAACUGUGGUAAAUUAGACGAUAAAUCAAUAAGACAUUGAUUGUUUUCAUUCUGACAUGCUCAUUGCUAUAUUUUAAUAAAUAUUAUGCUGAACUUCAAUUACACGAGGAGUAAUGUAUCGGACGUCAUGCGACAAUUUGACGUCAUAAUUGACGUCAUAAUGCUCUCUUACCGGUCCGCGCGUCAACCGUUGUUUAUCGCAGAAUAUACAGAGCAUGAUUUCCUUCUUUCUUUAACUGGAAAUCAAAUCAUGUUAGAAUCUACGUUAUAAAUGACGUUACGCCAUUACUUCUGGUUGAACUGUUUAAUCAAACUGGAUUACACAUGUGAAUGUGCACGAGCAAUAUCGAUUUCACAUUUACUCUUGUUUGUUAUUUUGAUUCAAAAAUCAAAUCUACGGAACUAAGGUUUUGUAAUAGAGGAUAUUUCAAUUGUAGGGUUAGACUUAGCUUUCAGAACCUGGCAAUAUUUCAAUACACAAAAUCGCUUUGCAACUUUCUAGUUAUUCGACGCCGCCCAGAAGGCGGCGUCGAGUACAUGGGAUACACUUUUAUUUCGGACCCUGUAAAGAUGGUAAUGAAUAGUUUCGGAGUGAUAAACUGAACACAGUGAAUAGUUUGUAAAAUAUUAUGUGUUUGCAACUGUAUAAUGCAACUUAUUAUGUGAUUUAAAACAAUGCUAUCUGUCUUUCCUCUCCUUAUUCGACAUUUCAAUUACUUCCCUUGCUUGUUAUCUAGAACUGUAUAAUGCAUUUCUUCACUUUACUGAGCUAUAAAUAUUUCGAACUUUGUAAAUGGAUCAACGAUAUUGCACAAUAGAUUUUAGUGAAUAAACAAAAAAUGACAAAAAGAAAACAUAAAAAUGUAUGUAAUGCAACUUAUUAUGUGAUUUAAAACAAUGCUAUCUGUCUUUCCUCUCCUUAUUUGUAGAGCAGAACAUAUUUUUUAUUUACAAUUUCGUCAAAAUGUUGAUCCGAAUUAUUGAUAAGGGAGGUUACUCUGUAAGUCAAGUUUUCUAUUUCAGUAAGCAUAGAUAUGUUGAAAUGAACGAAGGAAGUGCCGCUGUUAACUUAUUUUUAACCUUUUGUCUUAUUUCUUUGUUGAUACGUACAGCUAGUGAUGUGUCAAAAUGCGCACACUUUUGCAAAUUCCUAUUUCUAUUUGUUUUUUGUUUGUUUGUUUCUUUCUUUUUGCUUAUGUGUCAUAUACUCAUUGUUUACAGAUAUACACUGUCAACUAAGGUGUGCAAUAAGCUAAAGAGCAUUUGGCUGAAUUUGUCAGUGACAAGUUAAUACUUCUUUGAAUGUGGUUAGAUCGAAAUAUCAAAAGCCACGGGACCAUAUCUUAUCAAAGCAUCAGCGACUUUAAAAUAGAAUUCCUUGUUGAAUUUAUAUAUUCAUUGAUCUUAUAUGACUGGUCAGUUGCUCUGGUUGUAUUAUAUCUUGUUACUUGCUUCUUCCUUUUUUUACUUUGAUAGAUAGUUUUUGUAUCUGUCCAUUCGAGACAAAAAAUCAUUUUCAUUGAAAUAUUUUCUACACUUUGGCAGUGGGUUAUUAUGCUUGCUAAAUUUCUUGUAAUAUUAGAUUUGAAUCUAGACACUGACAUAUUCCUAGUAACCUUAAGGUUCAACAUAAACAUUGAACUUCAAGUUUAUCGUUCGUCCGAAAAAAAAAAUGAAUUCUAUGACAUUCCAAAAGUAUAUAAGAAAGAUUCAUGCUUUGUGAAUAGGGGCAAUAUAGAGAUUAUUCAUGUUAUUCUUCCUUCUCAUGAGAAGGAACACUUAUGGUGAACAUGUCACACUUGACUGAGCAGGUAAUGUAUACAAGGGUAUCAUCAAAGGUAUCCGAAUUCCAGUAGGCGCCGCCAUUUUGUACUCAUGCAUAUUCAUUAAAAAUAGCCUCUUUGCCAAUGUGUUUUUACGCAUCUUUAAGUCAAUCUUUAGUGAAAUACAACUACGUAAUAAACAGACCUACAAAAACAAUAAUUUAGUUUAAACUAUCUAACUCCUAAAUCUUACAUGUCAUAUUGUAGAAUCGAGAUUAACUAAAUGAAUAUUCAUCAUCUAAAAAUAGACUCCCGCCCAAAAAUAUCGUCUACUAUUAUUCUUCUCGGUUGCAGCUGCUUCCAGAGGUUCUUUUUACGAUUUUAUUUCAUACCAACUUUAUUAUUUUAACAUUUUAAGUAUAACCAUCAAAACAUACUGCACUAAUAAAGUUAUUCGAGAUUUUUUACUUGUCUGUGAAUGCUAUUGCACGAUACGUACCGUCGCCGGAUUACGACAUUUCAAUUACUUCCCUUGUUUGUUAUCUAGAACUGUAUAAUGCAUUUCUUCACUUUACUGAGCUAUAAAUAUUUCGAACUUUGUAAUUUCUUACCUUUUGAUUAAUUGUUUUGUAAUUUUCAAGUUGUGAACUUUUUGUACGCACUUUUUCAAACCCAUCAGUUUGUUGGUGCCGACUUCUAUAAAAGCCCCUUUUCUCCUGGUUUAGUCGUUCUGGAGCUGUAAGUAUCCAUUCAUGCAAUGCAAUUACUGGCAUAUGGCAGAACUUUCCAUCCAUUGUAUUGCUAAUUAAAAUUAGGCAAACAUACGACCAAAUUCUGAUCUGUGCCACUAGGACAACUGUCGAGAGAGUGAUGGUAUUUAUUGUCCGCGAAUUGCAGAAUUGCUCUCCGAUUUCAGGACAAACAAGUGUUAAAUGUUUCGAGAGAAAGUCCUUACUUGGCUGACGACUGUCUUUGUGUCGGUAAAUUGACGUUUGGGAUAAUCCAAGUGAUGGACUCAAUAACAGUAGUCGGUUGCAAGUCGUUUUUUAUGCUUCUUGAAUUUGAAUUGCACCGAUACUAUUUCUAUGGCACUGUAAUCCAGCUUUUUGAUGAAUAUUGUGGUAAUAAACUGAA